ACGGCCGUGGGGACGGGCGCGGGUCCGAGCGGCUCCCCCGCGGGCGGUGCUGGCGGGAGGGCGCGGGCCAGGCCGGGGAGGCUGCGCGGAGCACGCGCGCGGGGAUUCGGGAGUCCCCGGCGUCCCGUCCGGCGAGGCUCGGGUGCAGAGCAGAGUUAGGAAGAGGUGGAGUCCUUGGCGGGUCACAGAGGAGUGCACGGUCCAGGCGUGCGUGGGAGCAGUGCACACUCACUGCCCGGGGGGCCCUCGGAGUGUCCAUCCUCACAUCCCACCAUGUCCUACGUGUUUGUGAACGACUCUUCCCAGACUAAUGUGCCCUUGCUCCAAGCCUGCAUCGAUGGAGACUUCACCUACUCGAAGCGGCUGUUGGAGAGUGGCUUCGACCCAAAUAUCCGAGACAGCAGGGGCAGAACAGGCCUUCACCUCGCCGCGGCCCGAGGGAACGUGGACAUCUGCCAGCUGCUGCAUAAAUUUGGUGCUGAUCCACUGGCCACGGAUUAUCAGGGGAACACUGCCCUCCACCUGUGUGGCCACGUGGACACCAUCCAGUUCUUAGUUUCCAACGGACUCAAAAUUGAUAUUUGCAAUCAUCAGGGUGCUACCCCCUUGGUUCUGGCCAAGCGCCGGGGCGUGAACAAGGAUGUCAUCCGACUGCUGGAGUCUUUGGAAGAACAGGAGGUGAAGGGGUUCAACAGAGGCGCACACUCGAAGCUGGAGACCAUGCAGACGGCAGAGAGCGAAAGUGCCAUGGAAAGCCAUUCUCUGCUCAACCCCAGCCUCCAGCAAGGUGAAGGAGUCCUGUCCAGCUUCCGGACCACGUGGCAGGAGUUCGUGGAGGACCUGGGCUUCUGGAGGGUCCUGCUCUUGCUCCUGGUCAUUGCUUUGCUAUCUCUGGGCAUUGCCUACUAUGUGAGUGGGGUGCUGCCCUUCGUGGACAACCAGCCCGAGCUGGUCCAUUGAGGCUCACGGGGGUAAGGCAAGGUCCUGUCAGUAUUGGUUUUCAGUUCUUAGACUAUUUCUUAGCACAAAGCAGCGAGGGCUGUGUUUUAUUUUGGAUUUUUACUUACCAUGACCUUUGAGAAGAACGAAUUGCUCCUUUGAACUUUGUCCUGUGGUCGGUUGGACUGCAUCCUAACGCUGUGCACCAGAAUUGUGUGAUCAGAUGUGGUGGUGACCAGAGUGGGCGCUCACAGCAGAAGCCACAGUAGGGACCCGACCCUGAUGGAGGAGCAGUGGCCACCGGAAAGCAGAUUGUUUUCCUGUGAUUCCAUUUUAUUAGUGGACUGGUUUUCUCUCUUGCUCAUUACUUUGCAAGAGCCCUGUCUUGUUUUUAUUUACUUUCCUGGGAAGAGGAGAAAGUGGAAACUUUCAACUUAAAUUUUGAUUUUUUUUUCUCACAACCAAAAUGGCAAAUCAGAACUGUUAGAACUUUGAGUUUUAAAGAGUAUUUUCAGGCUAGUGAGACAGCAGACAGGUUUUGAGGAUUAGCAGUCUUUCCUUGAACAUGGAUUGAUGGGACAGUUUUGAUUCAUCCUAAACUGAUCGUUUGCAGUGUCUGUGAAAAUUAGCUCUAGAGUUCACUCUACUCACUCCCCGGCCUCCUCCAUUUUUGCUUUUGAGGUGUUCUAGUCAGAAACCAUCAGGAAACCCUUUGGAGUGAACAGUCAUUAGAGAAGAAGAAUCCUCUCCUUCCCUGUCUCUGUCCUCAGCACCACUGCCUGUCAGCCCGUCGGCCAGCUGCGUCCUCGUGGGCGUCACAGGUCAUCCUGGGUCCCAGCGAGCGCCAUCAGGCCACCCGGUGUCCGACGGUGGAGGUGGAGGGGUAUUUCUGAGUAAGCCGUGAACAAUGUCAUGCUGGUGUCCUGGUGUCAGUCUGCUAGUGUAGGGCGUGGUGUGGAUAGGAAUCUGGACCCCAGGCUACAUGCAGCUCCUAACUGUGUGUUUGAAGCCCCCUUUGUCUGUGGUUCUGUAAUAGAGAAAUCAUGUUUUUAUGUUAUUACGGAGUAUGGAAACAAUAAUUUUCACUGAGUGAAAUCUGAAACCCACAGUGAAUAACUAAUGGUCUUGCUUUCUGUAGUUGGCGUCUGGGUGGGGUGGUCCUUCUGCCAGCCUGUCGCUUGCUGAUGCUGUCUCCUCUGCUCUUAGAUGCCAGGCUCUGACCCUUUUUCUUUCAUGUGGCCUUAUCCUAGCUGAAGGAAGGGCUUCACAGUUCCUGACUGGCCGCUUCAGAGUCAGCUUGCAGAGUCUCGCUCUUGCUUAAUCAUGCUUGGUGGAAUGCAUGGAAGGAAAGCAGACUUCUGCCUGGGGAGCAGAAGCAGUUCAUUGUGUUCGGAACAAAAUGCUUUAGCAGUAGUUUUCUCUCUGUAAAUCCAAAUGUAUUUAAUAUGUAAAUAUGUUGCAUCUAAGAUCCCUGCUUCCUGCCCAGUUCUGGUUCCUUUGCAUUGUGUGCUCUGUGCUCUUCAUGCAGUAAUGCCAAUAAAUGCAUUUAUAAUCCUUA